AUGAUAGGUCCAAAAUAGGUAUUUCUGAUUCCCUUAGGACUCUACCAAAAUCAUGAAGAUCAAAGUGUACAGUGUUUAGAUGAUUUUGAAGUCAAGUCCAAAUCCAAAGAGGAAUUCUCUACCACUCAUAUCAAUUAAACUUAAUAUUCGAACAAAAAGCUGGGGAAGAACCACAACAAAGUCAAAUUCAAUCCCAAUGUCAUUCGUUAUAACUUCUUUAAGAACGAACCAGCUAUUGUUAUCUCUAGAUAGAUCAAGAAAUUGAUUCUGCAGCAACCAAGUUUAAAAUGGAUCAAUCCUACCCUUGAACAUGAAAUAAAGAUGAUUCUAUUUAAUUUUCACUCUCCAUAGAUUAAAAUUAUUUAAAAUUUCAUACCUCUUAUGUAUUUUACUAAAAAUAGUUCAAGUUUUAUUGUUGAAAAUGGAAUUUACAAAUCUUUAUAAUUAGCAUUUUUAUGA